UCAGCGGUAUACACUGCAUACUGUACAUACAUCCAGUUAGUACUAUCAGUCGCGACGUCGUUAUUGCACAGAGCCUCAGGCUCCCGUUACUCCGAGCCCAGUGAAUGUUGCUAUUUAUGGACUGGGGAGAUUAUGAAAUCUAUUGAUUUUGUUACUAGAUUUCACAGACAGGAAAUGUAGUAAAUAUAGAUCACCUUGCUGUGCGCGCAGAGCUGACGCGCUAUUGGGGCUCACUACCCAGGAGCACAGUCUUCCUUCAGAAAAGGUGUGUAACCAUACAGCUUUCUGUUCAAUGCCUGACUGCUCCCAUUACCUGCAGCCACGUGAAAGCAAUGACUCCCCAGGGUAGUAUCAUACUGAAUCGUUUUGCGGGUUAUUGGCGGAAGAUGUUCAAUGGCCAGAAUUUGCUUAUAACUAACACAGUAAGUUCUGGGAUACUUCUGAGUAUUGGAGACACUAUUCAGCAGACACGAGAGAUCAGGAAAGAUCCAGAGAAAAAAAGAGACUGGCUGAGAACAGGCAGGAUGUUGGUCAUUGGUAGCUGCUUAGGCCCACUGGACCAUUACUGGUAUAUUUGGCUUGACCGAUUAUUACCUGGCGCAACCGUACAGCUGGUAGUGAAGAAAGUUUUAUUGGAACAAAUCCUGGUGUCGCCAGUUCUGAGUUCAUUGUUUUUCAUGGGUCUUGGCACAAUGGAAGGACAAACGCUAAGGUGUUCCUGGCAAGAAUUUCAAGGAAAAUUUUGGGAGAUGUAUAAGGCAGAAUGGUGCGUCUGGCCACCGGCUCAGUUAAUUAACUUUUACUUCCUACCUACAAAGUACAGAGUAAUGUAUGUUAAUGUCCUAACUCUGGGCUGGGACAUCUACCUCUCCUACCUCAAACAUAGGGCAGAUGGUGAACAAUUAACAAUUAGCUCUGGCCAGCUAGUGAAUGAUCCCAUAUCCAGGUCAAUGAACUAAAGAAUUUAAGACCGACUGAUGAGAAAUGUCAAGAUUUUUUAUCAAGCAUUAAGAUGUUUCACAGAAUGUAUUAGCACCGUAUUUUUAUUGCACUAGCAUUAAUCAUGUCAAUUUUUGUGGAUGAUAGAUUAAAUAAAUUGUAUUGCAUUUUUA